AUGGUAAGCGCUGCAAUUGCUCGUAACGUCGUCGGUGUUAUAGGCAACGUCAUCUCUUUUGGAUUGUUCUUCUCACCGGCACCAACUUUCUAUAGAAUUAUAAAGAGGAAGUCAGUGGAGGAGUUCAAACCUGAUCCUUACAUAGCAACGGUGCUAAACUGUGCGUUUUGGGUGUUUUAUGGGCUUCCAUUUGUUCACCCUCACAGUAUUCUCGUUCUUACUAUCAACAGCAUUGGACUUGCCUUCGAAUUUGUCUAUCUUACCAUAUUUUACAUUUAUGCCACCAACAAAGGACGGAAGAAGGUAGCGAUUUAUCUUGUGAUUGAGGCUAUUUUCUUUGCCGUAAUUGCUCUUAUAACGUUGCUAGCACUGCAUGGCACUCGCAAAAGGUCGUUAGUGGUUGGUAUACUGUGUGAUAUAUUCAAUGUCAUGAUGUAUGUCUCCCCUCUCACUAUCAUGGCGAAGGUUAUAAAAACGAAGAGUGUGGAAUUUAUGCCAUUCUGGCUCUCUCUCGCUAACUUCCUCAAUGGCGUGUGCUGGACAACAUAUGCUCUCAUCCACCCCUUCGAUCUUUAUGUCUUGAUAAGCAACAGUAUUGGAGCAGUGUCUGGACUUGUUCAGCUGAUAUUAUAUGCUUGCUACUGCUCCUGCAAGGGAGACAAGGACAAUGAUGAGAGUGGCAAUGGCACAAAACCAGACGCUGCGGUUCAGCUCUCUGCUACUUCAAAUGGAAGGAUUGCAGUUUAAGUUUGAUAAUGACAACUACUCCAAUAUCAAACCCUUUUGCUUUUUUUAUUUCUUUUCUGUUGUUUAAUU